AUGGCUACCCAAGCGGCUAUCGCAAACCCAGAGCCAUACGUUGAGCUUGAGCAGGAGUCAUCCCUAGUUUCUAUGCAGAGUUCGAAUCCUAAGACCCGAGCCUUUGAUCCUCUGGCUUUUCCGAAGUCGAGAAAGCGACAGCUACCUCCCAGCAGGUACCGAUUCCGAAGUCCCAGAUAUGAUCGCGGUCCCAUGCAUCCCCAUCAACCCCUCCAUCCUUCAGAUCCUGCCAGUCGAGAAUUUGUCCCUGGCCCCUUUUCGUCGCCUCGAGUCGAACUCGCCUAUCACAACAUCAUUGCUCCGGAUUUCAUGACAAUGUGCUAUCAACAUACGCCUCCCGGCUUCCGGCCGCCGGAGAAGGGUCCUCGUUUACGCCCGUGGAUCGGAGACAACCCAUAUUUUGCCAACAGACAGCUGCGUGGCCCGCGUGGUGGAGACGUGCUGCGACUACUGAGAAAACCCGUUACCUUUCGAAACGUGCCGAUGGUCGAGCGGGUCACGGUGCACGCGUACUGCAAAGGGGCUCUUAAAGGAGGCUCGGGCUAUCUUCAUGUCGCAGGUAUGAUUUUACAGGCGAUCACGAAUCAAAGAGUGGAGGUGCACAAGGCCCGAUCCAAUGAACAGGGGUGGGGUUUGAUCAGAGGCCGACCGGUCAGUCUCACAGUAGACUUGAAGAGUGAAGACAUGUAUCAUUUUCUGGGCAAGAUGAUCAAUGUUGUCCUGCCUCGUAUCAAGGACUGGAAUGGAGUCAGAGCCACGACUGGAGACAACAGUGGUAACCUUUCUUUUGGGUUGACGCCCGAUGUUGUUGCCGGCUUUCCAGAGAUUGAAAUCAACUACGACGCAUACCCGACAAAACUGAUACCUGGUCUUUACAUCACCAUCCACACCACUGCCAGCUGUGACAAAGACGCCAGACUCCUCCUUCAGCAACUGGGGAUUCCCUUUUAUGGCAAGGUUGUGGACUAA